AUGAGACAAAGUGCCUUCGUCGAGAACAGAAGGCGCCGACGUGAAUCCAACUCCCGACUUUACUAUCCUGAGCCAAAUGCCGUAACCACUGAGCCACGUGCUUACGAGAAAUUAGACCAUGCAGAUGAUCAAACAAGGCUGCUUUCAAAAUAUGCGGAACCAUUCGAAGAUACUGUGAUUGCCACUUUCCUUGCGGAAAAUGAAAUUGAAAAUGUUUUGUGUAAAGUCAUUCUUGAACUCUCAGUUACUUUAUCAGACAUAAAGUCAAAGCCGGAGAACGAUAUAUUCAUUAUAAGAAUCAAAGAAACACCGAAGGCUAAAGAAAAUAAAAAUAUCCGCAACGCAAAUGCCAAACAUUUCUCACUGUACGACAAAAGGCUGAUGUAUGCACAAAGAGUCGUAGUGCCAGCCGUACUAAAAAAGCAUUUAUUUAAAGAAUUUCAUAAUGGUUACCCAGAAAUUUCGAGAAUGAAAUCACUGAUGAGAAGUUACAUGUAUGGGCUUACAAAAUAUCGUGAAAUUGAAGAGUCGGUGAAAUCCUGCAGAUGUUGUGACCUUGGAGCCAAGUCACCACCGGUAAAAUUCAAACCAUGGCCUAAAACCGACAGUCCAUGGACCAGGCCCCAUAUAGAUUUUGCUGGACUAGUAAAUGGUGCAUAUUUCCUGAUUGUCACCGUGGGUUCCGGUUGA